CUUUGUGGGAAAUCUGACUUUCCUCCGUUUUGGCUCUGAGGGGUUCUGCGUGGUGUGCAGCUCCGGGGAGAAGGUGGUGUUCUGGAGAGUUAUGCCUUCAGCAGCAAAUGUUUUUUUUUUUCCAUAGCAGCCUUUUUUUUGUGUUCGCAUAAUCACCAGUCAUGUCAACUUCUGAUGGAAAGAAAGAACAAUGGCAAGGUCUAGAAUCGUUGGGUAUGACUCGAAAAGAACUGGCAUUAGCAGAGGCACUUCAAAUGGAGUAUGAUGCACUCUCUGACCUCAAUAAAACAACUAGUGAGGUUGAUGAGAGCCCUCUAAUUUCCUUGGAAGAUGUCUCACAAGUACCAAGUACUGCCCCGUCACUCUCAAAAACCAAACCUAGUCUCAAUGAAGGCUUUUAUAUAUAUGGGGAUGGAUAUCUCGGCAAUAAACAAGAUGAAGGAGAGAGCUGUCCAAAAAGUUUUUCUCCACCCCCAUUACCACCUCGCACGCACCUGGGAAACUACUGCAAAAACACGCUCCAGUCCUCUACCUCAAAGGCCUCUCACUCUAAAGAUGUCAAUCUGUUCACUGGAGAGAAUGAAGGGAAUCCGCCUAGCUGCAGGAUUUCAGAAGAGGAUGCAAAAUCGGGUUUGCUGAGGAGUGGAGGUGGAUUUUCAGGCUUGGAUUAUGAGGGAAUAAAUACAAUUACACGCUUGAAUCUAGCAUCAACCUAUGAUUCUGAGAUACUGCACCAGGCUGAGGUACAUUGGCAGAAUGUGAGUUUACAAAAAGGUACUACAGGAAAACCAGUAGCACGAAGAAAGACUUUGCCACAAAUCCCUCCUCGUACUUAUCGACAAAAGUCAGACAACACAACAGCUGGACUAGACUCGUUUCGGCCAUAUCCACUACAGAAUGGGUGUGAGCUUUUUGAGAUGUCAGAGCAGAGAGAUGAGGAAACGGCUGCAUUUUGUCACAUGCUGGAUGUCCUACGCUCUUGUCAAAGUCUGACAGACCAAUUACAAACAGGCAUUGUCUGGAGUCCAGUUAAUUUAAGUCCUGAGCACUUGGGUCCUGGGGUGAGCCUGAAAGUAACAGUGGUCAUUAAUUUCCUAAGGGAUCCCCUUACUUUCACCUGUGACUGCUCUUCUACUGUCGAUCUGCUUAUUUACCAGACUCUUAGCUACACUAUGGAUCAUUUGCAGGAUCUUUGUGUCUCUGACUAUUUACUUAAAAUUUGUGGCUUGGAGGAGUUCUUACAGAAUAACCAACCACUUGGAAGUCAUGAAUACAUCCAGCAGUGCAGAAAGUUUAACACAGAUGUCCAACUGCAGUUGAUUAAAAAAGAAGAUGUUCGGGCAGAUUUUGCAAGAACAGUCAAUGACAUAAAAAGCCCUUCUACUCUGAAUCAUCAUGUGCAUCUUCAGGAGAGACCUGUCAAGCAGACAAUCACCAGACAGGCUCUGUCCCUACUUUUUGACACAUAUCACAAUGAAGUGGAACAAUUUGUUGCAUCUAAUGUAGAUUUCCAUCUUCGAGCAGAGAGGGUGGUGCAGUCAGUCAAAGCGAUAUGUAAUGCACUUGCAGCUGUUGAAACUCUGGAAAUCAGUAGUGCGCUAAACCAACUUCCGCCUUGUCCUCCCAGAGUCCAAAUCAAGUCCCAUAAGGAUCCUAACUUACUGACCAAAAGAGAGAAUAGAGAGAAAGUGGUUGAGAGCCUUACAGCAGCCAUCUUGGAUUUAGUCCAGUUGUACUGUAAUGCAUUCAGUGCUGAUUUCCAGACAGUGCGGCAUUCUGAUCCCAAGCAAAGUUUGACUCAAGAUUCUUCACUUCUCACCAGUCCCCUAUCCUUCAUAGUCUAUGCUGCACAUCGCAUCCCCAUUACAUGGGCAACCAGUUAUGAAGAUUUUUAUGUGUCUUGCUCUCUGAGUCAUGGUGGAAAGCAACUGUGUAGUCCUCAGCUGACACGCAAGGUUCAUGUUUACAAAUACCUGUUCCAUCUCAUCACUUGGGACCAGAUGAUCUGUUUUCCAAUCCAGAUAAAUCACCUACCUCGAGAGACAGUUUUAAUAGUUAAAUUGUAUGCAGUGUCUGUCCCCCCUCCUGGGAGUUCUUCUGAAGCCAUCAAGCAUAAAAGAAAUCCUCAGCAACAUCCUCAGCCUCUAGGCUGGGUCACCACUCCCCUCUUCAACUUUAGGCAGCUUUUAACCUGUGGUCGCCGAUUACUGGGACUAUGGCCAGCCUCAAAGCAUGGUAGUACUAGUUUCAGUACACCAAAUCUAGAUGAGCCAGACAGCAUCAUUCUGCAGAUCGAUUUUCCUACUUCUGCUUUUGAUGUGAAAUUCUCAAAACCGGAAAGUAAGGCCUUCAGCCCGAGAUACGAACUAACCAGUUUACCUGAGAAAGAUAGGAGUCAACUACAAGAAGCAAUGCAAAAGGAGUCCUUAUACUGGCUGACGGAUGUGGAUAAAAAACGAUUGUGGGAAAUGCGCUAUUACUGCUAUUCUGAAUUCAGCUCUCUUCCCUUGGUGCUGGCCAGUGCCCCUAGCUGGCAAUGGGCAUGCUUGCCAGAUAUAUAUAGCUUGCUGGACAAUUGGACUCAAAUGAAACAUCAAGAUGCUCUGGGGCUGCUUCAUGCCACAUUUCCAGAUCAAGAAGUGAGACGUACAGCUGUGCAGUGGAUUGAUUCCAUAUCUGAUGCAGAGCUUUUGGAUUACUUACCACAGCUUGUACAGGCUCUAAAAUAUGAAUGUUAUCUGGAUAGUCCGCUGGUCAGAUUCCUGUUGAAAAGAGCCAUAUGUGACCUACGUAUCACGCACUACUUUUUCUGGCUGCUAAAGGACUGUUUGAAGGAUUCUCAGUUCAGCAUUCGCUAUCAGUACCUGCUUGCUGCUCUCCUUUGUUGUUGCGGGAAAGGGCUAAGAGAAGAGUUUGAUCGCCAAUGCUGGCUUGUUAACAUAUUAACAAGGUUGGCUCAGAAAGUCAGAGAAGGUGCUCCAUCUGCCAGAGGGGAAAUACUUAAGAAUGGCUUGGAGGAUGUCAAACAAUUCUUUGCUCUGAAUGGAUCAUGCUGUCUUCCACUAAGCCCCAGCCUCCUGGUCAGAGGGAUUGUACCACAGGCCUGCUCACACUUCAAUUCAAAUGCUGUACCAUUGAAACUUACUUUCCAGAAUGUGGACCCACUAGGAGAGAAUAUCCAUAUUAUUUUUAAGUGUGGCGAUGACCUCCGACAAGACAUGCUGACUUUGCAAAUGAUCCGCAUCAUGAAUAAAAUAUGGAUUCAGGAGGGUCUUGACAUGCGGAUGGUAAUUUUUCGCUGCUUUUCCACAGGCCGAGGGCGAGGCAUGGUAGAGAUGAUCCCAUCUGCAGAAACCCUGAGAAGGAUCCAGGUGGAACAUGGAGUGACUGGUUCCUUUAAAGAUGGUCCACUAGCUGACUGGCUGCAAAAACAUAACCCCACAGAAGAUGAAUAUGAAAAGGCAGUGGAAAACUUUAUCUAUUCGUGUGCAGGAUGUUGUGUAGCCACCUAUGUGCUUGGCAUAUGUGAUCGGCACAAUGAUAACAUCAUGCUGAAGACUAGUGGCCAUAUGUUUCACAUAGACUUUGGACGCUUUUUAGGGCAUGCACAAAUGUUUGGGAACAUAAAACGGGAUCGUGCUCCUUUUGUGUUCACUUCAGACAUGGCAUAUGUCAUAAAUGGGGGAGACAAGACAUCAAGCCGCUUCCAUGACUUUGUUGAUUUGUGCUGUCAAGCCUACAAUCUCAUCCGCAAGCAUACCCACUUAUUUCUCAAUCUACUGGGACUGAUGUUGUCAUGUGGUAUUCCAGAGCUAUCUGAUCUGCAGGAUUUGAAGUAUGUGUAUGAUGCCUUGCGCCCACAAGAUUCUGAAGCUGAUGCUACAACCUAUUUCACUCGUCUUAUAGAAUCCAGCCUUGGAUCAGUGGCUACGAAGCUGAAUUUUUUCAUACACAAUCUUGCGCAGCUGAAAUUUAGUGGUUUAGAUGAACGUCUGACACUCUCCUUUGUUCCAAAAAUCUACACAAUGAAAAUGGAUGGGAGAAUCUGUGAUGUCUUCCUGACUAGAUAUAAGAAGAUAUGUAAUCCUAAUAAGGGAUAUGUGUUCGUGAUCAAAGUAGUCAGAGAAAGUCCAAAUGAAACUACACAUAUUCAGAGGUCCUUUGAGGAGUUUCAGGAGUUGCAUAACAAGCUGAGGCUUAUUUUUCCAUCGUCACAGAUUCCCAGCUUCCCAAGCCGCUUUGUGAUUGGUCGUUCCCGAGGAGAGGCAGCAGCUGAGCGUCGGAAGGAAGAGCUAAAUGGAUAUGUCUGGCAUUUGAUCCAUGCUGCUGCUCAGGUAGCUGAGUGUGAUCUGGUGUAUACUUUCUUCCAUUCCCUUCCUCGUGAUGAGAAGAAUGUUGGCAAUACUACACAACCAAGACCUUCUGAUGCAACAUGGUCUGUGCCAGUGGUGACUGUUGGAGGAGAGGUCAAGUUAUCCAUCUCCUAUAAAAACGACCAGUUGUUUAUUAUGGUGAUGCAUAUUCGGGGUCUGCCUCUGCGCGAUACCAAUGAGCCAAGCCCCUAUGUAAAGAUUUAUCUGUUACCAGAUUCACAAAAGACAACCAAGAGAAAAACUAAGGUUGCAAAGAAAACAUGCAAUCCAACUUAUAAUGAGAUGCUUGUGUAUGACAGUAUUCCUACAGGAGAUCUUCAGCAGCGUGAGAUUUGGCUGUCAGUGCUCAGUGAGGAAGGAUUUUGGGAAAACAUCUUGCUUGGAGAAGUUACUAUUCGACUCCGAGAUUUGGACCUUAGUCAAGAAAAGAUAUGUUGGUUCAAGCUUGGUUCUGCUACCCAAGACAACUAAUUAAUAAUGGAAAAUAUCUGGAUAGAAAAAAACUACAUGUGCCACCUUGUGAAUUACCUUUCUACAAUACCUUGAGUGUUUGGGGGGGGGUUUUUUAUGGGUUUUUUUUCCAAGGUUGUAAUUGGAAACAAGCUCAAAGAGUUUUCAAUUUCAUUGAUAGCAGAUAGUAAUAUAUAUAUUAUUUUUCUUCAAGGGAAGUCAACAGACUGUAAUUACAGGAUUCCUUCCAGAGAAGGGUUUCAGUCCAAAACUGGAGAUAUAUCAGUACCUUUAUUAUGUUUACCUUGUGUCAAGGGAACAAAAUAUAGUUGAAAUAUUUUAAAAGCCAGGUCUCAUUUUUUUGUGGGUUGGUGGGGGUAUGAAGGACUGAUGAAUUCCUCUGAAUCUGUAUUUUAAAAUAAAAAAAUAAGGGGCAGCUAAGAGCAAUCUAGCAGUUCAGGAUUAUUUUAUUUUCUGAAUUUGGUCAUCUGUUGUCACCUAAGCACCUUUUUAUGAAGAUAUAUGUAUUAAGUUUAAACCUAAAAUACAUUUGUUUUAUACUACUAAUUUGUACUAAAUGUACAUAAUUAGUUCUCAGACAAAUAAUUUUUAGUAGCCCUGCCUGUGUCCCCUUAAUAUAACUAAAAUACAGUCUUGAAAAUUGGAAAAUCAUCAGCACGUAAACUGAAUGGCAAGUACUUGGACCAACAAGAGCUCUGGCAGCAUGGAAUAGGUUCCCGUGGAAUUCUUUACUUUUUAAUGGCUACUGUAUCCUGUUAAUUUUGUAUUUAAAAUGGCAGAAUAUUAUAAUAUUUUUCUCCCUCAUGGGGUCUGUGGGAACUUUUGUGACUCUCCGAUGAAUCAUAAAGCACUAUCAUUUUUCAUCCAUUAAAUGGUUUAAUUCAUUAUGUUGAGAAAUAUAACGGUGUCAUAUAAGUAAACAAUGGUGUUCUAAAGAUGGUAUGUAUAGUACUAUAUAAGGGAUCUACAAAAAAAGUUGACUUUUCACAGGAUGUGAGGCCAUUAAGUUUAACUGUUGAUUGAUAGACUAAGUAUUGUGCUUGAAAUUAUUUAAGAGACAUUGAAAUAGAAUAAUAUUUGAUUAUGGAAAUGGCACUAAGUAUUAACAUACUUACACAGCAUCACAGUAUGCAGAAAGUAAGGGAGUUGUACCGUAGUUAUAGAAAUUGGGAUUCUUGGAUCUUGCAUGCUGUGUGCCUGAACAAUUUGAAUCAGUUGCUUCCCAAGGAGAGCUGGUUUCAUGAGAGGUGUUUAUCUGUACUUUCCUGAAAAAAAAAUACAUUUUAUAGUAAUGUCUCAAUGCUGAAUAAAUGACAUGUUAUUAUUUCUAUA